UCUGUUUCGUGGUUUUAAUUUGCCAAAUUAAUUUAAUCGAAACUGUUGAACUCAAAGAUCUCCAUUGGGAGAUGGGAGGCUAUAAAAGCCAUCGAGUGCAAUGUUAAAGAGUUGAUUAACGCAAUCAGCCCGUUGUCCACUUGCUCAGGUGAGAUUGGUCGUGUGCCUUUCAGGAAGUGUGCCUCUGUCUGCUUGAACCCAAAAUCCUGGUCCAGGCCACGGUGGCAUGGACCUGUGCGUGACCAUCAAAGGCGUCUCCUUCCUCUUGCAAACAGGAAUGGGCAUCCUGGGGAACACCGUGGUGCUGCUGGCAUUCACCAAUAUCCUCUACGUAGAGCGCAAACUCCUUCCCGUGGACAUGAUCCUGUGCCACCUGGCCUUUGCCAACCUCCUGCUCCUGCUGACCCGCUGCGUGCCCCAGACCAUGACGGUGUUCGGCCUCGUCGACCUGCUGGACGACGCGGGCUGCAAGGUGGUGAUUUACGGCUACCGAAUCGGUCGGGCGCUGUCUGUGUGCAUCACCUGCAUGCUCAGCGUGUUCCAGGCGGUGACCAUCGCCCCAGCCGGGCCUCACUUGUCCAGGCUGAAGCCUGCCCUUCCCACCCUGGUCCUCCCUACUUUUGCCGGACUGUGGUUGCUCAACAUGGCUAUCUGCAUCGCAGCUCCAUUCUUCUCUAUGGCGCCGCGGAACGGCACCGUCCCAGCCUUCACGCUCAACUUGGGUUUCUGCCACGUGGACUUCAGAGACAGCUUGUCCUACGUUAUCAACGGGGUAGCGGUGUCUGGAAGGGAUUUCGCCUUUGUGGCGUUGAUGUUAGGCUCUAGUGGUUACAUUCUGUUGCUUCUUCACCGCCACAGACGGCAGGUGAGAGGCAUCCGUCGCUCCCAUCCGGCUGAGACCCGAGCGGGCAAAACCGUGAUCACCUUGGUGGUCCUGUACGUCUUCUUUUUCGGCAUUGAUAAUGUGAUCUGGAUCUACAUGCUGACCGAGGCCAAGGUGUCUCCAGUGGUGGCGGACAUGAGGGUGUUCUUUUCCUCCUGUUAUGCAUUCCUCAGUCCGUACUUUAUCAUCUCCUCCAACAAGAAGGUCAAGAACAAAAUGAUGUGUGCCGCCGAGCAGGACAAGUUGGUGUCAACUGACACUCAAGAGUCACACGACAAAUGACUUUCUCUUUUAUGAUAGACUAUUAUGACCCAUCAACUGCUCUGUCUCUAAGCUUUACUGACUUAGCUAUUAAGUGGAAACCCACAAUCUUAAACAAUUAGUUUAUUGCAGCAUUUAUACUUAUGUAUGUUGUAAAUAUUGUUUUUGGUCAGAGUUAUGGCAUAAAGACAAAAUAAAACACAAAUUGUAAAACGUGCACUUUUAAAUCCAAUUUAGAUUGAUAAGCUGGCAAAAGAGGCUGUGCCUGUCUUCACUAACGUACUAACUGUAGUACGCAGAUGUUCAAUACCUGUAUUAAAACAUUUCUAUGUCAGAAAUAAUACAUAUUAAACAUAAAGCAUGCCGGAAACUCGAAAUGUCGUAUGUCGGCCCUGUCGUAAACCGAGGACCCUCUGUAAAGCAGACGCAAUCGUAUUGUUUCAUGCUUCUCUCUGAUUGGGCAAAGAACAACCGUAUGAAAUCCUCGACUUUGUCUGAGAGGCAAUAAAUGUCUCUCGCCUUGCAAACUGCGUGAUUCCAAUAAGUGUGUUGAGUCGUUCAAGAAAAAGAGUUUUUCUUGUUAUACCCUAUUAUUCAGUUAUUUAUCAUCAUUUUAUCGGUGACAUUUCUAUUGUGGUCCUUAAAGUGCAGCAAAUUCGCCUGACAAGCAAACUUUAGGAAAUAUAGCACAAACCCGGAAAAGAAAAGCGGAAGAUUCUGUUGUGAAAACUGAAGGAUGCUACGGAAAGCCCGAGAUAAACUCAUUAUGACUACUGGGUAAACUGUAUACGCUUUUUAAUGACAUU